GAUGUUAUCGCAGUUUGUUGCUACCGUUGGUUCCUGGUUGUGAUCAAAGAGUUUUACGGGGUGGGGUGUGACACGGAAAACGUCAUAAUAAUAAUCGAAAUAAGGAUAAAGUCCGUAGAAGAUUAUCGCAAAUUUCCUAGAGUUCUAGGGGCGACCAAGUGCGAACGGAAGAAUGACAUUCGCAGAAUGAGGGACUUCUGUAAAAGUGGAGUCAUGUAAAAAAAAUCAAUCGACACGACGUUCGUCGGGCCGGCGACCUUCGUUGUGACGUGCCAGGAUGUUUGCGUUUUAACUACAGAAACUUUCUAAUUGCUCGUCGAUUAAUUUUCUUCGAGUUUUCACGAUUUUCAGCGACAAUCAGCUGCCCUCCAACGUUUAGACCAUUUGCAUUUUAUUGAACACCAGUUGCGUUUUCACAGCUGAUCUCAAGAAAGAACUGGUACAUUUUUUCCGCGCAAAUAUGAGUGCUGUGGGUAGAAAUAAAACGGGUUCCAAUGUUCCCUUUAAUUCUGUCAGCCAUGAAAAUAAUGGGAAUAGUGAAGUUCAUGAUGAACCGGUUACCCCUGAAAUGGUUCUUCGUUUGCCUACUAUAACAGAUAAAUACCUCUGCUCACCCGAGGCCAAUAUCUAUGAUAUUGACUUUACGAGAUUUCAAAUAAGAGAUCUUGAAACUGGAAUGGUUCUCUUUGAGAUUGCCAAACCACCUGCUACUGAAAGUGAUACUAAUCAAGAGCCAGAACCCGAUGAGGAAUCAGGCUGUGAGGAUCCUAAUACUGGUCGUUUUGUUCGCUACCAAUUUACACCACAAUUUUUGAAGCUAAAAACAGUUGGAGCCACAGUAGAAUUUAUGGUUGGUGCAAGACCAGUUAACAAAUUCCGUAUGAUUGAAAGACAUUUUUUCCGUGAUAAACUACUCAAGACUUUCGAUUUCGAGUUUGGAUUUUGUAUACCUAACAGCAAGAAUACUUGCGAGCACAUCUAUGAAUUUCCAGCACUACCAGCGGAACUUGUAUCCGAGAUGAUUGCAAAUCCAUUCGAAACGCGAUCGGAUUCGUUCUACUUCGUGGACGAUCGUCUGGUUAUGCACAACAAAGCUGACUAUGCCUACAAUGGCGGCCUAGGUCACGAACUCUUUUAAUCUGUGAUCUUACCGUCAUGAAAUUGAGCCUCUCGCACAAGCAGCACUCAAUCAAGUCAAAGAUGAACACGUUGUAAAGUUGUUUGUAUUUCACGUCACCAUUGCGCGAAAUUCUUGUUAUAACCUACACGGACUUAAAAGAAAUAUAUAUGUAUAUAUACGUCUGACCGUUUAA